CUGUGUAAAAGAAAAAAAUAUUACAUUUUAGAAAUUAAAUUUUUAUUUAAGCAACCAGGUAUUAAUAAAGAACAUUUGUUUUGUUACAAAUGUAUACGUGGUGAAGCAAAAGAAGUGGUCGAUGGUAGCGGAAAACUUGAUCUGCUUGGAAUUCCCUGUAUGAGCGGCGACAGUUGUCCAAACGUCUUGUUCUGGAAUGAUAUUCGUAAAGCAUUACCGAGUACAUUAAAAAAACGACUAAGCGCAAUGAUACAGGAUGCAAACUUACGUGCCAGUGGAAUGGAGAUUGAGAGUUGUAAAAUUUGCGGUUUUUCGGGUAUACCGGAACUACCGAAAGAACAGGAUCAAAUAUUUCGAUGUCCGGAGUGUGGAGCGCAGCACUGCAGGUAA